AUGCUGCUUCACGUAAGUGCGGCUCAGCGCCCCGCAAUUUGCAUUCCGGCCACCAACUCUCUCCGGUCGCGGCUGAGAAGCACUGGACCAGCUCUAACCUGGCCCCGGCCAUUCGCUGCCGCCGCCUUUGCGGCUGUCAUUGGCCGUGCCAAACGCAGCUUUGCAGUGGGGUCGAUGGCCAAGGAGGAUCCGCACUUGUGGCUGGAAGAGGUUUCUGGUGAGAAGUGCCUCCACUGGGCCAAGGAGAAGAACGAUGUGACCUUGAAGAAAUUUGGGCACCCCGAAGGGACCAAAAUGUACACCAAAAUCUUAGAGAUUUUGGAGAGCAAGGAUAAGAUUGCCUAUGUAAGGAAGGUGGGCGAUUUCUACUACAACUUCUGGCAAGACGCAGAUCAUGUGAAAGGAAUCUGGAGAAGAUGCACGCUGGAAGAGUACAAGAAAGCUCCUUUGGAGGUGAACUGGGAAUUGGUGUUGGACCUGGAUGCCUUAAGUAAGGCUGAAGGACAAACUUGGGUCUGGCACACUCCGAAGUUUAUCGACCUGGGCCCCGAUGAACCUAAAGACAUUUGCCUUUUGCAUCUCUCCCCGGGCGGCAGCGAUGCUGAAGUCAUCCGGGAAUUCAAUGUUGAGAAGAAAGAGUUUGUGCCCGAAGAAAGCGGGGGAUUCACCAUUAAAGAAUGCAAAAGUGGCGUGUCCUUCAAGUCCCGAGAUGUGCUUCUUGUGGGGACAGACACUGGAGCAGAUGGAGACAUGACUGACUCAGGCUAUCCUUCACAGGUUCGAGAGUGGACUCGUGGCCAGGCUUUAAAGGAUGCGCCCAUCACCUUCCACGGCCCGACGACAGACGUGGUGAGUUACAGCGAUCGCUACUUUGAUCGCGGCGUUUUCCACGAAAGUCGUGGUAGGGCCAUCACCUUCUACACCUCGCAGUAUAGGUGGCUUCAUGAGGGGCAAUGGAAGAUAGUGGAUGUUCCAGAAGAUAUGAACCUCUCCACUUUUGGCGAUCGAUUUCAAUUUCAGCUCCGAAGCGUUUGGGAGGUGGCUGGCAGGAGCUUCGCACAGGGCUCCCUGUUGUCCAUCUCCAUCGACAGCUUCUUCAGCGGGGACCUGGGGAAGAUGGAUGUCCUGUUUGCACCCACAGCUUCGGAGUCACUGGAAGAUAGCUGUGGUACGCGAAAUUAUUUGGUGCUCAGUAUUUUGGAAGACGUAAAGACGAAGUUGAUGUUUUGGGAGUACAAAGACGGCUCCUGGAUCAACCGGGGCGAGGAGGGCUUGGGCAUGGAAAGCUGUUCUCUCGCAGCAGUGGAGGCGGAUCACAGCGAUGAGCUCUGGGUUACGGUAUUUGGCUACACCCGCCCGUCUUCGCUGUUUCUGAUGACGGUGGAAGACCUUUGUGCAGGAAAGCUGCCAAGCAUGCAGCCUUUGAAGACUUUGCCGUCGUUCUUCAAAUCAGAUGACAUAGAAGUGCAGCAAUAUUUUGCUACGUCACUGGAUGGCACAAAAGUUCCAUAUUUCCAACUGAGCAAAGAAGGCAUCGCCUGUGAUGGAUCCAAUCCUACUCUGCUCUAUGGAUAUGGAGGUUUUGAAAUCUCCCUGACGCCACUGUAUUCAGCUGCCCGUGGCGUAGCAUGGCUGGAGCAUGGCGGUGUGUGGAUCGAUGCAAACAUUCGUGGAGGCGGUGAAUAUUGGCCCCGCUGGCACCAGGCAGCUCUGAAGGCGAAUCGUAGCUUGGCAGCGAUUUGUGCCCCUGUUUGCCACUCCCGCAUAUUUGACCCUGAGAAUCACCAAUUUUUAGAGGAAGCUGAGGAAGCUAAUGUCCCGUCCCCCUUUUGA